CAGGUCAGCUCAAACAUGGAGAGAGGAGCAGAGAGACAAAGAGGAGGUGAAAGAGAGGUGGCAGAGGAAAAAGGCUCGGUGGAGAGGCAGUGGGGGGAGGCAGAGGUGCUGGCUCUCAUGUCAAUGUGGGACGAGGUGGGAGCUCAGCACGUAGCUGAGAGCAGAACCACAUUUGAGCUGAUCUCAGAGCGUCUGAGGAGGCUCAGUGUUGUGCGCAGCUGGUGGGAGUGUCAGGCCAAGUGCAAGAGCCUGGGACUUCAGAGCAGGAAGCCAGACGCAGCAGCAGGCACUUCAGCAAACUACAGCCCAGGAGUGGAUGGAAGGCCAGUGGAGAGCUGGGAGGAAGAGGUGGAAGAUGUGGCUAAUCAAAGAGGAAUCUACCCUUCCUCUGUCACUAUCCCAAUGCAGGAAGGUAUCAAGAGUAUAAUCCAUAGGGCUCUUCCUUACACUCCGAGUGUGGCUGAAGAGGGGGGCCGCCACUGGACGGACGAUGAGGUGCGUGCACUGUUGUGUGUCUGGGCUGACCGGCGCGUUCGAGAGCGAUUGAAGUGCACACUACGCAACAAGUCCAUCUUCCAAGAGAUGGCCCGUCAGAUGCAAAGAAACUUUGGGGUGAUACGCAACUGGAAACAAUGUCGAACUAAAUACAAGAACUUGAAAUAUGACUACAAGACUGCUAAAAGCGCUCACGCUGUGGGAGGCAGUGGCGCAGGAGGCCCGGGGAAGUACAUGAAGUUCUUUGAUGAGGUGGAAGCCAUUCUGCUGGACCGGGGACUGGAAAACGGGAGCGUAGAGAUGCAGAAGAGGUUGUACGAUGGAGAGAUGGGAGCAGGGAGGCUACAGACACCAGCCUCAGAAAGUGAGGUAGUCAUUGAAAUUGAUGAUGAUGACAACAGUGAUGAUUACGAUAUGGAUGCAGACAUGGAAGUAAAAUGGAGAGGAACAGAUGCCCAUCUAUCACUCACAGAUCCAUCCAGUUCUGACCAGUUCCACGUGGUCACGGUGUCCGACACAGGCCGAAACUGGAGCGACCAGGAAGUGCGAGCGCUAAUUCAAGUCUGGUCCGAUGAGCGCGUGUGCAGGCAGUUGGAGAGCUCGACUAGAAAGAGAGACAUCUUUGUCCAGAUUUCCAACAGGUUAAUGCAGCAAGGCAUUGAACGUGACUGGAAGCAGUGCCACACCAAGUACAAAAACCUUAAGUACCUUUAUCGUUCCCUUCAAAGAGGAAAGAGUGAUGAGGCUGACCCCAGGCGCCUUAUGAGGUUCUACGAUGAGGUGGAUGCCAUUAUGAAUCGCACAAGUAAUGGCUCACCUCAUGACACCGAAACUGCAGACCACCAAGCAGAUUCAAGCAGACUUAUGAUGGUGGAGGGCUGUGGGGAAAACGAUCAUGUGGAUGUCUAUUUGACAAAGAUGAACAGAGUGAAAACAACGGGGGCAUCAACUGAGGACAGAACUUGUAGUUCUGAUUCAGUCUCUUCUAUACAUCGCGAUGUUACACCAAACAAAGAAGAACAGAGGCUGCAUGAAGUCCAGGACCGUCGUUUGGAUCAACAGCACAGAACAACAAGCUCUUCUGAAAAUCGUGUAAAGAGAGAGGACAUCUGUUCAGCAAACAGAAGAUUGAAGAGGAAAGCUGUGGAUCAAGACCCCACAUUCCAGACACCCAUAAAAAAACUGGACUUUGGCUCAGAUAACAUGGAGGCCCAGUGUAAAGAAGAGCCGGAUCCCAUCCCGAUAAUGAAGAUCAAUUCAGUCUGUUCAAUAGCCUCAACCAAUCCAUCCCCACACAGAGAGGAGUGCCGCUUGUUAAGGAACACCACAAUGGAAUCCACAUCAGAGCUGAAGAUCGGCCAGAAGCUCAAUGAGGGAAAGACGAAGCAGAUUUUUGAGCUCGUGGACCAGCCCGGACUGGUUCUGGUCCAGUCCAAAGACCAGAUCACAGCUGGAAAUGCCGUGAGGAAAGACCAAAUGGAGGGCAAGGCUGCCAUCGCUAACAAAACCACGAGCUGCGUGUUCAAGCUGCUGCAGGAGUCUGGCAUUAAGACUGCCUUUGUGAAGCAGAUGUCGGACACAGCAUUCAUCGCGGCGCACUGUGAGAUGAUUCCCAUCGAGUGGGUGUGUCGCAGAGUGGCGACUGGAUCGUUCCUCAAGAGAAAUCCAGGAGUCAAGGAGGGCUUCCGCUUCUCCCCGCUGAAGAUGGAGAUGUUCUUUAAAGAUGAUGCCAACAAUGACCCCCAGUGGUCUGAGGAGCAGCUGCUGGAGAAUAAGUUCUCUCUGGCUGGGCUCACCAUCGGUCAGUGCGAGGUGGACAUCAUGAACCGCAGCACUGUGGCCAUCUUUGAGAUUCUGGAGAAGGCCUGGGCCACUCAGAACUGCACGCUGGUGGACAUGAAGAUCGAGUUUGGCGUGAAUGUGAAGACUCAAGAGAUCGUCCUCGCUGACGUGAUCGACAACGACUCCUGGAGGCUGUGGCCGGCUGGAGACCGAAGCCAGCAGAAGGAUAAGCAGGUGUACCGUGACCUGAAAGAAGUCACCCCUGAGGCCAUGCAGAUGGUGAAGAGAAACUUUGAGUGGGUCUCCGAAAGGGUCAAGCUGCUGCUGGAACCCCAGUCUGGCGGCAGGGUGGUGGUUUUGAUGGGCUCCACCUCGGACAUGGCUCACUGUGAAAAAAUCCGAAAGGCCUGCACCGCCUAUGGGAUCACCUGCAUCCUGAGAGUCACCUCUGCACACAAAGGUCCAGACGAGACGCUCCGCAUCAAAGCAGAAUACGAAGGUGACGGCGUGCCCACUGUGUUUGUGGCUGUAGCCGGCAGAAGUAACGGCCUCGGCCCGGUGAUGUCCGGAAACACGGCGUACCCCGUCAUCAACUGCCCCCCUCUCACUCCAGACUGGGGUGCACAAGAUGUCUGGUCAUCCCUGCGUAUGCCAAGUGGUCUUGGCUGCUCGACAAUCCUCUCCCCCGAAGCCGCUGCUCAGUUUGCCGCGCAGAUCUUUGGGUUGAACAACCACCUGGUGUGGUGCAAGCUGAGGGCGUCCAUGCUCAACACCUGGGUGUCUCUCAAGCUGGCUGACAAGAAGUUACAGGCCUGCAGCCUCUGAAGUGGCUCAAGACCCCUUAAAACCCUUAGUGGGCUCUUUCAGGGCUCAGCUGUCUGUCAAUGUUGUGUCUUGUUAACAGUGAAACCCACUAAUGGUAGAUAAAAUCUACAUGUACUUUCUCACACAUGAAUCAUUCCAGUUAAACAAGAGAUCAUUAAAAGCUUCUUAAUUAAA